AUGGCCACUCGUCGCACAUCGAUGUACGGGAUGGAAACCGAUGCGAUGACAUUGCAGAGAUUUGUGCUGAAUGAACAGAGAAAGUUUCCAUCAGCAACUGGAGAUCUCACCAAUAUUUUGACUUCUUUACUGACAGCUUUUAAGGCAAUUUCAUCAGCUGUUCGAAAAGCUGGUCUCGCUCAACUCUAUGGAAUUGCCGGUGAAACAAAUGUUCAAGGUGAAGAGGUGAAAAAGCUUGACGUUUUGUCGAACGAGUUGAUGAUCAAUAUGCUGAAAUCGUCGUAUGCGGCUUGUGCUUUGAUCUCUGAAGAGAAUGAAAAUGUGAUCGAGAUUGAUGAAUCAAAACAAGGGAAAUACAUUGUCACCUUCGAUCCGUUGGACGGCUCGUCGAACAUUGAUUGUCUGGUUUCGAUUGAUUUCAAAUUAGUUAUUUCAAUGGGGUCAAUGGACAAUUUGAAGGAUAGGGAAGCGAUUAUUGGAAGUGCGGCGAGACUGAGAGACGCGGUGGAUCGUUUAGUGCUUUGGGUUGAUGUUUUGGCUUUUAAUUAU